CGGACCCUCAGUCGCUUUUCUUGCUCUUGGUGCUCUCGCUCGGGCUCUGCGCUCAUGGAGCUGCGAGCGAUCCUGAGCCUGCGCGCCGCCCUGGCACUGGCCGCCCUAGCGAUGGGCGCCUCUGCGGGCAGCGAAGGCAAGCGGGAAAGCGUGGAUCCCGGGAAGCUCCUGGUUCUGACUGCUGCCACAGAGAAAACAGAGGGCUACCGGCGCUUUCUACGUACCACAAAAUAUUUCAACUACACUGUCAAGACUUUAGGGCUCGGUGAAGAUUGGAAAGGAGGUGAUGUUGCUCGGACAGUCGGCGGAGGUCAGAAGGUCCGAUGGCUGAAGGCUGAAAUGAAGAAAUACGCAAAUGAAGAGGAUCUUAUUGUCAUGUUUGUGGACAGCUAUGAUGUGAUCCUGGCUGGAAGUCCAAUUGAACUUCUUUGGAAAUUCCUGCAGUUUAAGAGCAACCUGGUCUUUUCAGCAGAAAUUUUCUGCUGGCCGGAAUGGUCCCUGGCUGAAAAGUACCCACCGGUCACCUUUGGGAAGCGCUUCUUAAACUCUGGAGGAUUCAUUGGCUAUGCCCCUGUGAUCAACCGCAUUGUCCAGUUGUGGAAGUACAAGGAUGAUGAUGAUGACCAGUUGUUUUACACACGCAUUUACUUGGAUCCUGCCUUGCGUGAAAAAUACGGGAUCACCUUGGAUCACACAUCCAAAAUUUUCCAGAACCUGAAUGGGGCCAUUGAAGAGGUUGUGCUGAAAUUUGAGCAGACCCGUGUGCGAGCCCGAAAUGUUGCAUACGAUACCCUUCCUGUGGUUGUCCAUGGCAAUGGACCCACCAAGUUACAGCUGAAUUAUUUGGGGAAUUACAUCCCCAAUGCCUGGACAUAUGAGGGGGGCUGUGAAGUGUGCGAUGAUGACCUCCUGGAUAUGUCGGACUUACCAAAAGAGUCAUAUCCACGUGUUCUGCUGGGUGUCUUUAUUGAAAAGCCUAUACCGUUCCUGCCUCAGUUUCUUCAGCGUCUUCUGACUUUGGACUACCCUUAUUCUCACCUCAGCCUCUUCAUUCACAACCACGAGGUGUAUCACGAGCCCCACAUCCAAGCUGAAUGGGAUCAACUUCGCAAGGCUUUUGACACCAUCAAACUAAUAGGCCCAGAGGAAGAUCUGAGUGAGGGCGAAGCCAGAGAUAUGGCUAUGGAUCUGUGCCGACAGGAUCCCACCUGCGACUAUUACUUCAGCUUUGAUGCUGACGUGGUGGUGACAAAUCCCGAAAUCCUGCAGAUACUUAUGCAGGAGAACAAGUAUGUGAUUGCUCCCAUGGUGUCUCGGUAUGGCAAGCUUUGGUCCAACUUUUGGGGAGCCCUGAGUCCCGAUGAAUAUUAUGCCCGGUCAGAGGACUACGUGGAAUUGGUGCAAGGCAAGAGAAUUGGGGUGUGGAACGUGCCCUAUAUCUCUCAGGCCUACCUGUUGAAAGGGGAGAUCUUAAGGCAGGAGUUGCCCCAACGCAAUAUUUUCACCUUGGAGGACACGGAUCCGGACAUGGCCUUUUGUAAAAGUGUGCGGGAGAAGGGCAUCUUUCUCCAUAUUAGUAACCGGGAUGAUUUUGGACGCCUUAUUUCCACCACUAGAUACAACAUCUCCCGCCUACAUCCUGAGCUCUGGCAGAUUUCUGAAAAUCCUUUGGACUGGCAGGAGAAAUAUAUCCACGAGAACUACUCGCGCGUUCUUGAGGGAGAAUUUUUUGAACAGCCUUGCCCUGAUGUUUACUGGUUUCCGGUGUUCACCGAUCAGAUGUGCGACGAUCUGGUGGAAGAGGUGGAACACUUCGGCCAGUGGUCUGGAGGAAAACAUGAGGACACUCGGCUGGUUGGCGGCUAUGAGAAUGUCCCCACUGUUGACAUUCACAUGAACCAAAUCGGCUUUGAGAAGGAAUGGCUGCAGUUCUUGCAGGACUACAUUGCACCGGUCACAGAAAAGUUCUAUCCAGGCUACCACACCAAGGCUCGCGCAAUCAUGAACUUCAUGGUCCGAUACCGUCCGGACGAACAGCCUUCUCUUCGCCCCCAUCACGAUUCCUCCACUUUCACCAUCAAUGUUGCUCUUAACCACAAAGGGAUAGAUUAUAAGGGAGGCGGCUGCCGAUUUCUCCGCUACAAUUGCAACGUGGAAUCUCCCCGCAAGGGCUGGAGCCUGAUCCACCCAGGACGUCUCACCCACUACCACGAAGGUUUGCCCACCACUUGGGGCACCCGCUACAUCAUGGUUUCCUUUGUGGACCCCUAAUGCUGGCAUCCCCUGGCUCACCCCCCCCUCCGGCUCAUGGAUCAUUGAGGGCACCGUGGCGGUCAGUGCAUGAGGAGAGGUGCGGAAAAGAGGGGACUCUCUCUCCAGCUUCGUUGCCACUUAGUGCCUUCAAAAGCAGAGAAAGAGACAACUGAUUUCCAAGCACAAAUGGAUUCGGCUACUUCAUCAUCAGUCACCACUAGCAUCAGGAGCCACUGUUGCCUGCCCUCAUCUCCCAUUGUCCCAAGAUUGGAGAAACACAGAGGCCAUUCCACUCUUCGGCCAGUUGUUACUUGAUACGGAUCUGCUCCCUGUGGUUCAGCAUCCAAAAGAAUUCUUACCAUGUUAAGGGGACAAGUAUUGUUGGGCUAAGACUCUCCAUAGGAUGAAUUUGAGGUUGCUGUUCAGUUGCUAUAUCACAUCUGACUCUUUGCGACCUCGUGGAUCAUAGCAUGCCAUGCCCCACCCUCCACUUCCUCUGGUGUCUCCCGGAGUUUGUCCAAAUUCUUGUUCAUUGCAUUGAUGACAUUAUCUAACCAUUUGAUGAGCUGCGGCGGUGCGGUGGUUAGAGUGCAGUACUGCAGGCUAGACUGCUGGCUGACUGCAAUUUGGCAGUUUGAAUCUCACCAGGCUCAAGGUUGACUCAGCCUUCCGUCCUUCUGAGGUUGGUAAAAUGAGGACCCAGAUUACUGGGGGCAAUAUGCUGACUCUGUAAACCGCUUACAGAGGGCUGUAAAGCACUGUUAGCGAUAUAUAGGUCUAAGUGCUAUUGAUAUUGCUAUUUCAUCCUCUGCUGUCACCUUCUACUUUUGCCUUCCAUCUUUUCCAACAUCAGGGUCUUUUCCAGCGAGACCUUCUAUUUUGGUGGCCAAAGCAUUUGAGCAUCAGAGAAACAGAGUUGGAAGGGACUUUGGAGGUCUUCUAGUCCAACCCCCUGCUUAAGCAAAAAACCCUGUGCCAUUUCGGACAAAAGGAAUGUCCAAUCCCUUGUUAAAAAGAGAGAGCUACAGCUUCACUAUCUGUCCUUCCAAAGAACAUUCAGGGUUGAUUUCCUUCAGAAUUUACUGACUGGAUCUCCUUGCAGUCUCGCUAGAAUCUUCUCCAAUACCACAGGAUGGAUAAAAACCUGAAUUCUUCCUUGCCAGAAUUCCAGAAUUUCAUCUCGUCCGCUCCUAAUUUUCUGUCAAGCCCCCUCCUUGGGCUACAAUCUGCCAUGUUCUUUCCGAAUCCGAUUUUGGGAGAGUGGCGGGAGGGCACAAGAUCUGGCUACUGGUGAAACAAUAAGGGUGUUUCAGCCCAGCUCUCAUGCACGAGAAGAUUGGGAUGGGGCUAGAAGUUGUGCCCUGGAAGGCUUCUUUCUUUGUUUACAAAAGCAACUCCAGGAAGUCCAAGGAAGCAAUGAAGAAAGAAGACAAAGGACAAAUUGGUUUUUCUUCACUCCUGAUCCUGGGGAGAGAGAAAGCCUUCUGUAUAGGCAUGCCUCUCGACUCCGUUGGGCUGGAAAGGGAGGGAGGAGGACACAGGAGGCUAACUACAGUUAUAAAUCAGCCCCCACCCAAAAAAAGCUCUUGAUGCAUUUUCAAAUUCCUACGAAUGUUAAGCACUGUAAUGGGAGCAAAGACAUCAGUCACAUCUUAUUUUCCAAUGCUGGGCACAAUCCCAGGGCUAAAAGUCUUUCAGUCAUCAUGCUCCAUAAAGGGUGACCUGUAUCUAUUUGAUAACUAAGAGACCCUUCUUUUCAUUCCUCGAGCCUUGUGGCUCUUGGUGGGAGCUCGCAGCCUUGUGUAGCCUCUCACAAUAUUGUACGCCAUGGGCUAUUGGUCAGUGCGGGCGGAGGGGUGGCAGUGUGCUAGCGGUGUCCCAUAUGAAGCGUGCUUUAAAUUAUUUCCUGUUGGACAGCAUACUAAAUAAAGCUCCGUUUUAAAAGAG